AUGCUGCUAUACAGUACAGUAUUACCUGUAUUAAAUUGGAGACAGUCUGCACUUGAUUAUAGCGAAAUAGGCAAGAGAAUGGAUAUCUCGUCUCUCAAGCAAGAGGCAUUGGAGGCCCUUUUUACAAUCCUAGACUCGAUUCGACCGAGUAGUAAGAUCCUUAUUCUGGAUAGGAGCCUGACGACAAUAGUGAAUGUGGUGCUGCCGAAUUCAAGCUCGCUUAAGGAUCACGGCGUGGAGAGGAUAUAUUGGCUUCAAGGGGGUGAGAACAAGAUUGACCCUGCCGACAGACGAAGGAAGAGUGUUGUUUAUUUGACAAGCACAGCAAUUGAGCAAUCUUUUCUUGUGGCUCAGCAUGUAGAGUCAAUUCUCGGCACAGCUGUCAGUGCCGAAGAUGGUCAACUUGUAGAGGGAUCAGGGCCUGCUGCUUCAGCAACAUUGAGCCCAAGUAGAGAAGCAAAGGGUGUUCAUAAACCGAGUACGACAUCUCUUCAUAUUAUAUGCGUGCCAGAUAAAACCCUAGCUUUUUCACUUGUCCUUGAAGAGGCUAGAGUGCUAGGUGAUGUUAACAUCCACAGCUGGCCCGUGCAUUUUCUGCCAAUAGAUGAGGAUAUUUUGUCAUUAAACCUACAAAGUGCUGGGUUUGAAGAAACCUAUCUUGAUGGAAUCCCAUCAGCUAUCCACCGGUCAGCUCAGGCCAUUCAAAGUCUACAAGAACGGUAUGGACUUAUUGGCAGAAUAACUGGCAAAGGCGAUGCAGCCAGGAUUCUCGCUGAUAUUCUGCUUGACAAGCGACUGGACAAAAGAACAGAGCUAGCUCAAGAUGCUGCUACUAUCAAUCGAAAUAAUGGCACCAGUGGUAAUUUUUUGGGUAGCAUAAAGGUUGGCAGCGGUACAGUUGGCUCGGGCAACAGUAAUGGCCAUAAUGGCAAUGGGACUAAUGGUACAGAUUUCUCCAAUUCACAAUUUACUGCAGACGGUAUAGCAGGUACUGUUUUCUCUCAUAAAUUCUCCAACAUUUUUGUUGGUACGCAUAUAGACCAUCUAGUCAUCAUUGAUCGUAAGACUGAUUUGGUGACACCUCUUCUAACCCAGCUGACAUACCAUGGAUUAGUGGAUGAGUUUUACAAGCUAUCCGAGACGGGCCAAGUAGAUUUACCCACAAAUAUUGUCCAGGGCCCCUCUCAAAAGCAAGAUCAGCACAGCCAAGAUGAAGGCAGCAACCAGGCAUCCUCUUCAUUGCCCGCUGCCCAUCUAAGUGCGACUGGGACCAAACGAGCAUCACUAUAUUCGGAGCAUGAUACAUUAUUCAAUACAAUUAAAGACAUCAAUUUUGCAUUAGUAGGCAAUUCCCUUAAUAAGGUAGCCCGCCAACUCCAGGCUGAUUAUGAGACUCGACAUGAUGCAAAUACUGUAUCUGAAAUCAAACAGUUUGUUUCUAAAGUAGGAGGCCUACAACAUCUUCACCAGUCUCUUCGCUUUCACACGGCACUGGCCGAGAACUUGAUGAGUAAAGUUCAAGAUGAAGAGUUUAAUAAGUGGCUUGAAGUACAACAGAAUAUUGUAGCGGAGUCGCUGGACACUAACACACUUCUUCUAAUGAUUGAAGAUUUGAUCAAUCGCAGUUCAUCAUUGUCAAUGGUGCUGCGAUUAUUAUCAUUAGAGUGCCUUUGCAAAGGUGGAAUUAAAGAAAAGCAGCUGAUAGCCCUUAAGCACCAGAUAGUGCAGACUUAUGGCUACAAACAUAUUUUAACAUUGUCCAAACUUGAAAAGCUAGGCCUGGUAUUUGCACGCUCUCCCUCAAUACCAAACAACUUUCCGACCCUUCGCAAAUCUCUUAACCUCAUAGUAGACCAAGUCGAUGACAGUCCAAAUGAUGUUUCAACAGCAUAUUCCGGCUAUGCUCCACUAAGUGUACGACUAGUGCAAUGCGUCAUUGACAAACGGGCCGUUAUUAAACCACGGCGUCUGCUUCCAAACGUCACCACCGCAACUAAUUAUGCUAAUGCCUAUGCCUCGACUCUGUCUACAGGAUGGAAGGGAGCUGAAGACAUUAUCAGCCACGUUCCAGGAAACCUAGUCGAAGAUGUUCAACGUAGUGAAUCGCAACUCCGGGAGGCGAAAGUUCGCAAGAUCUUGACUCGAAAUACUCCUGGUCAUGACAAACCCACUACACUUGUGUUUUAUCUUGGAGGUAUCACAUAUGGCGAAAUAGCCGACCUUCGGCUCGUCGCUGCUAAAGACACUGUUAAUACCAACAUUAUCAUAGCCACUACAGGAAUAAUCUCGGGCUCUAAAAUUAUAGAUGUAGCUCAAUUCUAA